AUGGAUGAUGGUCAUUUCUGUUUGAGUUUCCAACAAAUUGAAAUUUGUUUGGCUCUCAAUCAUGAUAUAAUCUCCAGUUUGAGCACUCUCAAACGAAAAUUACACAAAUUGGGAUUGUUCAGAAGAAAGAAUUUUACUGACAUUCUAGUAAUUCAACAAUUCAUUACAAAUAAUGCGAAAACUCAUGGUCAAUUACAAGGAUACCGAUGGAUGCACCUCAAAUGCCUUCAGAAUAAUUCAGUAGUUACACAAGAGAUGGUUUGUCUUCUGCUUCCAAUAAAAUGGUUAUCCAAAUGCCUUUCUUAA